AUGGCUGCUCUCCACAUCCUCACUCUGCUCCUCCUCUCAGUCUCCUGGCCGGUUUGUUUGGGGUCAGUGCGGGUGAGCCGCAGUCUUCUGGAGCUGAGUGGUUUGAUGAAAUGCAGCACUGGCAGGCAUGCGCUGGCCUACACUGUGUACGGCUGUUACUGCGGGCUGGGGGGGCAGGGCUGGCCCAGAGACACCGCCGACUGGUGUUGUCAUAAGCACGACUGUUGCUAUGCGAAGGCGGUGGAUAAAGGCUGCAACUCCAAAUCAGACAGAUACAGAUGGAGCUGCGGCACUUAUGAACAAGACUGUGCGGAUGUAGACGACCCCUGUGAGAAGAUGCUGUGUGUGUGUGACCGAGACGCUGCGAGGUGUUUGAAGAAAGCUCCGUAUAACCUGGAGUACAGCGUUUACCCACACUUCCUCUGUGGAGCCGACUUUGCGACAUGUGCUUAUUACUGA